AAAUAAUCGUUUCAGAUGGAUUAAUCGAUCUCAAUUCAUCUACCGCAAUCUUCUUCCUAGUUCCUAUCUCCCUCCCUUAGAUUCUCCGGCAACAAUGUCGACGGCAACGGAUCCGAACGAAGGCACACCGAACUCCAACGUCAACUCCGGCUCCGUGGAUGUCGGCGGCGUCGACCCGGCGCCUUUGCUUAGCGACCAGACCUUCCGCAGCCGGCGAUUCAUGCGGCAUUCUCCGAGCCUCCGAGGAGCGGCUCGGUUCCUCCGGCGAGCCAGCAGUCGUCGGAUGAUGCGUGAGCCGUCGAUGCGGGUGCGCGAGGCGGCGGCAGAGCAGAUCGAGGAAAGGCAGAGUGAUUGGGCCUACUCGAAGCCUAUCGUCGUCCUAGAUCUCAUCUGGAACCUAGCUUUCAUCAUAGUCUCGAUCUCUGUGUUAGGUAUGAGCCAAAACGAGUCGCCUUCGAUGCCUCUCAGGCUCUGGAUUGUUGGUUAUGCUUUGCAGUGUGUGCUUCACAUGGUUUGUGUCUUUGUGGAGUAUAGACGGCGCAACCAGCUUCGAAAUUCGCCUGAGAGUUUAUCAUCUCGACGGAUAAACAGCAACAGAGGUUGGAGCAGUGCGAAUUCGAGCUCUGAAAGUGAGGAAGAGACCAGUGAUUAUGCCUCAGAAAGGUCUCAGAAUGAGGAUGAACCCAGCCUUGCAAAACACCUAGAGUCUGCCAACACAAUGUUCUCAUUUAUUUGGUGGAUUAUGGGAUUUUAUUGGGUAUCUGCUGGUGGUGACAGAUUGCCCCAUGAUUCUCCUCAACUUUACUGGCUCUGUAUUACGUUCUUGGCAUUUGAUGUGUUCUUUGUUGUUAUCUGUGUUGCUGUAGCAUGUGUAAUUGGUAUUGCUGUUUGCUGUUGUUUACCAUGCAUAAUUGCAAUAUUAUAUGCAGUUGCAGAUCAGGAAGGAGCAACCAAGGAAGACAUUGAACAGUUACCCAAGUACAAAUUCAGGAAACUUGGCGAUUUUGAGAAAGAAAAUGGCGAGAUCCAAGAGUCAUUUGGAGGAGUAAUGACUGAAUGCAAUACUGAUUCACCUAUUGAACACGUUCUUCCUGCUGAGGAUGCUGAAUGUUGCAUCUGCCUGUGCCCCUAUGAUGACGGCAUCGAACUCCGCGAGCUGCCAUGUCGCCACCAUUUCCACUGUGCCUGUAUAGACAAGUGGCUGUUCAUAAAUGCCACCUGCCCUCUCUGCAAGUACAACAUCCUCAAAAACGGCGACCGAAGCGGUAGGGAAGAGGUCUGAAGGGCUCUCUCUCUUUCUACUCCAAAUGAAAGCUUUUGUGGAUAUGCAGAAACUUGGUACCUCUGUCAACUACGCACAAGUAUUAUACGCAGCAUAUAUCGUGUUAUUAUAACUGUGCGUGGUAUCAUCAUAUGUCUAAUUGUUUGGUUUAGUUCUUGUGAAUGUCUUUGUUAUCUCUUUGUAUACAUAAUGAUAUGACAUAUAAUAUAUCUCAUAGAGAGACUCCCCUGAUCGCCCCGUCUUUAUAAUCUUCGCCUCUAAAGUCCGAGUCAGUGAUGAUGGCGUCUUCGAAAUACUUAUCCUCCAUUUCAAUUUAAAUUGUAUGUCUACUAUUUACACGCACGUUCUUUACCCAUUUCUCUACACUCAAUGAAAACAUCAGUUGAUA